UUCAUCGUGGAGAAGGCCAGCCUCCGGGUCCUCAGUCCCUCGAGUCUAGUCGGUACACACGAUACGGCUUUGGCCAACUUCGGCACACCGCUCUACGGCGCCUCCCUGCUCGGGGAGCUCGUGUACUCCGCCGACGACGCUCUGGGUUGCACCCCCUUCGCGGACCUUCCGAGGGCCAAGGGCGUCGGCCACGCCACGAUCGCUCUCGUUGACCGCGGCUCGUGCUACUUCGCCGAGAAAGUUCUACACGCCCAACUCGCGGGGGCGCAAGCGGUUCUCGUCGCCGACGACGUCGAGGAGCCCCUCCUGACGAUGGCGGACCCGGACGGUAGCGCGGGGGGUGGAACGGAGCUCGCGCGUCUCGCGCAGGAAAUCUCCAUUCCCUCCGCUCUCGUCACGAAGCAGGUUGGCGACGUGCUAAGGGCCGCGACCGUGGCGGGCGACGUGCUCGUACUCACGCUGGAUUGGCAAGACAGCAUAUCUCACCCGGACGAUGUGGUCGAGUGGGAACUGUGGUCCUCUUCGGAUCAGGUGUGCGGCGAUUCGUGCACACGGACGCAGGGCUUCAUCAGUGAUAUCAUGAGCUCGGCCGUUGACUUGGAGGAGCAGGGAGCCGCGUCCUUUUCCCCUCAUUACAUCACCUGGUCGUGUCCCGUCGCGUUAAAUGAUACGGAGAAGUGCGGAGGUCUCUGCAUCAACGGGGGAAGAUACUGCGCGCCCGAUCCAACAGACGGACCCGAUGUCGACCCAAACAUUGCCGACAGGGUUCGAACGCACGGGUACAACGGAUCCGACGUUGUCGCCGAGAACUUGAGGAGACUUUGCCUCUUCAAGGAGCUAUCCGGCGACAAUCACGGAAACGUCCCGUGGAACGGCGGCGCUCGGUGGUGGACGUACGCAACCUCGCACCCCGUGAAAUGCUCGAUGACCGACGGCACGUUCACCGCGGAAUGCUCGGAGGCAGUCAUGCAGACGAACGAGCCCGAUGGAUGUGGAUUGGAUGCGUCUGCUAUGAGCAGGAUUCGAGCGUGCGUCGGUGACACCACCGCAGACAAGGCAAACCCGCUGAUGGAUGCGGAGAUGCAGCUCCAAUCCGAUCAGGGUGAUUCUGGCCGAGGCGCUAUCGUUAUGUUGCCGACGGUCGUUGUGAACCUGGAUCAAUAUCGCGGUCGUCUGACCUCCAAAGAUGUCUUGAGGGCUAUAUGUGCUGGGUUUCUCGAGUCCACGGAGCCGAGGGUGUGCCUUUCAUCUGCGCUGGAGAGUAACGAGUGCUUACAGCCGGACCACGGCGGUUGCUGGUUCAAGGAGACCCCGGACGGGAACUUCAGUGCUUGCGUCGACACAUUCAGGGGAGUCAAGUGCAGGUGUCCACCGUCGUUUCGUGGUGAUGGAGUCGUGUGUGAUCCGGUUGACGAGUGCUCGGAUUCCGCCAUGAACCACUGCGAACAAGAUUGCGUAAACAUCAUCGGCGGACAUCGAUGCGGUUGUCGCUCGGGAUUUAAGCUCGUCGGCGGGACAUCCUGCAUCCAGGAUCCCGUUGAAGCGAGCAAACUGCGCUCCUUGGACGCGGGCUCCAUCUUUGGCAUCUCUCUUUUGGUUCUCCUUGGGGCGACCGUUCUCGGGUACGCGGCAUACAGGAUCAGAAUCAAGGCUGAGAUUGACCGGGAGGUGCGCGCGUUGAUGGCGGAAUACAUGCCUCUGA